AAGACAUUGACUGGCAACUCAUUUAUCAACAGGACAAUACAGAAGCUAAGAAGAAGAAACUCUCGAUUUCUCCAAAAAAAAAAACAUGGCACACUCUGUAGUCUCUGGUUCUAUUACCACUACUUCCCCAUGGGCAUUGAAAUCGCAGAAGUUAAGAAGAGAAACCCAGUUACCCUCAUGGCUGAAUCGAAGCACCAUCAGCAAACAUAAUAAGCAAGUUCUUAAUGUUACUAGGGUGGUUAAAGCUUCUUGUCUAUUCAACCCCAGCAAUGAACCCAUCCUCAAAGAUGCUUUCAAGGAACCAGUUGCAUUCAUGGGUGGGAUGUUUGCGGGGCUCUUAAGGCUUGAUUUAAACGAAGAUCCACUCAAGGAAUGGGUCACAAGGACUGUAGAAGCUUCUGGUAUUACUGAAGAAGAUAUUGAAGCUGAAGGUUCGCAACCAGAGGAAGGAGUGCCGCUAGAGAUAGAAAUUGAAUGAACUCAUAGUUAUCUUUGUAAAUGAUACAAGGGUGUCGCAUAUAAUUGACCAACAUUGAAAGACACUUGAUCAAAAGAGCAUAUGGUUCUUUGACCUUAGGUCCUGAAGGUACAUUGACCAGUACGAAUAUAAAUCGUAUGCCAUAUUUUAAAUUCAAGUGCCAGGAUUCCGUGCA